AUGUGGGUCGGAUUGGGACUGAGUCUUUUCCUGCUGAAAGAGCUUGAGUCUGAACCGUUCGGUGGAAGACACAAGGCUUCAAGAGCUGACUGCAACUUCAAUCCCAGACCUUUCGUUUCUGAGCCCCCUAAUGCAUUUGCGGAUUUCCAGCGCUGUGUCAUCAGGUUUACCGCCUCGUUCCUGAGUUUCCUGCUCUAUCCUUUGCUUGCUCAAGCGGUUGCCUCCCAGCUGGACUCUGUGGCGCUUGGCGUCAUCAAGGGUGAUGUUUCACAGUACAUGCAGAAUUUCUUCAAUUUCAACAGCUUGCUGUUUUCGUUCUUCGUCUCCCAGACGUACGCCUCCUUGUACCAGCAGCAGGAGAGUUUGUACAUGGCUCUCUACUCCGAGAUCGCCGAG